UUGGACGCCGUCGCGCCAUGACUCCUCCCUGGACACAACGCCGUGACGUCAGCCGUAAGAGCCAAGAUGGCCGCCAGCGAGUAACGAGGAGCUCAUUUUUAAACAUAACUCGUAUUAUCUCUGGAGUAUCUCGUCUGCUGUGCGGUUCCUGAGGGCAGUAAAGUGACAUCGAGCGAUCGGAUCUAAUCCCCCUGGCUCUUUACUCUUCAUCUGGACAUUAUUCGGGUACAUUUGCCCUACAAAGGCCAAGGACCAGAGGGCUUCUUAAUUUCCCGACCGAGGUCAGUCCGCCUGCAACAUGUUGUGAACGGCCUCUCCCAGACCGCAUUCCUCCAAACCCCGGGACCCCCCGGAUCGCCCCGGACUACCUGGACCUAGAGACCCCCUGGAUCUACAGUUCAUCACUUCAUCGAGUCGAGACCCAAACGGAAAGGAUGGACUCCAGAAGGGUUCACCACAGAGCCCACCUGAGCAGCAGCGACUCCAACAGCAGCAGCCCGGCCUCGCCGUCCAGCCCGGCGCUGGGCGGCGCCAGGCCCGGCGUGGGGCCCGGGGCGCCCGGCACGGCCGGGGCGGCCAACGCGUUCGCAAACGACGGCAGCUUCAUGGCGAUGUUCAAGAAGAAAAUGGAGGAAGAGAAGAGGAGGAAAGAAGAGGAUGGGCAGGCGAGCGGGGAAGGACCCGCGACAGACCCCCAAGAACAGUCAGCUGUGGACAAGAAGCCCCCCUCCGCGACCAGCUUUGUGGGGAAGCGGCGAGGCGGCGUGUUCCUAAAGACCGGCAUGGUUGCGAAGAAACUGAAACCGGACUCGGUUGCCGAGCCGGGUAAGAGCGACGCCUGGGCCAAGUACAUGGCCGAGGUAAAGAUGUACAAGUCGCACCAGUGCGGCGAUGAUGAUAAAACCAGACCGCUGGUCAAAUAACCGGCAGGCCUCUCCCCUCAAGCGACUUUCUGUUCUGGGAGGAACCCUGGAGCUGCUGGGGGUUUCCUAGUACAUCUGGACCAUUUUGACCCUGCCAGAAUCACAAUUCAUAAACACGAGUAGAAACCAGUUUCAUUUCCGCCGCUUUUUUGUAUCGUAAGGGUUCAUGCUUGUGUGCUAAAUCGGAUGUUUUCAUUUUUUAAAAACAUACUUGCAUACGUGAGCGAUUGCAAUAUUUUCAUAUUUGUAGCUUCUGAGUCGUAUGGUGGUUGAUUUGACUCGCUGGUGGCCGUGUGAAGUUUUGACGAGAUAUCCCCGUGUUGCCUGUUCGCCCCCCGCGGUCCUGGUUGAUCGGGGUCUGACCGUCGCGGUCAGUGCUGUAUUUCACAUCAGAGACUCAAACCUUCUGAGGCCUGCUGACACGUCUCAAGCCAAUGUUAUAAAUAAAAGUCUUUUCAAACUAGUUCAUAAUUUAUUUUAACGGUAUAUGUAGUUAGCUUAGAUUUGGACAGCCGCUAACGCAGCGGUGAGACGACAGAUUCUUAUACUUCAUGAUUAUAAGGCAUUGUUUAAUUGGAAGGUCGUUUCAUUUCUUUACAAGAGAAAUCAAGGUUGUUUAGAAAAAGCCCAAACGGAACAUCUUGCAUUUAGUUUACAUUUCUUUACAGGAUUUGAAGUAUUAAUUACAUUAUCAUAAAAAGAAGCACCAAAUGGACACACUGACCAUUACCAGGAGAAAUACACAUUCAGCGCAACACAUUCCCACCCCUGAGCUCGCUCUCACACACAGACGCACACAGACACACACCUUUCCACAGUGAUAUAGGUCUAUCUUGUAAACAUUGACAAAUUUAGUCAUUUCCAUUUAUCAAUUCUAUGAAUAAUAGUAUCAAAAGUUAUCAAAUGGUUUAAAAAAAAAGUCCUGUACUGCUUGUUUGUGUCACUGAGCCAAUCCUUGCAUGAUGAGGCGUGUUCUUCAUCCCCAGUGCUUCAGCUCUAGUCCUUCUGAGUGGUUCUGUUGACCGUCACUCAAAGCCACACUCGAUUCCGAUUGGUUCCCGCCGGACAGGUGUCUGGCUAGGUGCUGUAUCAUAGAGUCUUCCUCUUGUUGGAGUCCCCACCCUGGCUUUGAUUGACAUCUGAACGGGGAGAGUAGAGCUCUUGAGCCACCAAUGAAAACCAGAGCAGAAAGCAUGAAAACAACAUUACAGCAUCGGAGCGACCGUCAGGACAAUCGGCAGUUAUAACGGCUACAGACAGACAGGUGGGCACCCCACAGACAGACAAGACGCAGAACCCAGACCCGACGGCAGACACUCAGAGCAGGACGGGCAGAAGCAGACGGACAGGUGUGGGGCGACUCCAGAUCCACAGAGGAAACAAUCCACUCCUGGUUUACUGUCUGACAAACUAGCACCCUAUGGCUCGUAGAGACAAACACUAAGAGCUAUAGAUAGAACAGCCUCGG